AUGCCCAUGCUAAACGGACAUGGGCCAUCUGAUGGCUCAAGGCCCACAGAGUCUGGCCGUCAAAAGAUUGUAGUGGUUGGCCUAGGAAUGGUGUCCAUCUCCCUCAUUGAGAAAAUUAUCAAACAGGACACAGACCGGAAGUAUGACAUAGUGGUCAUCGGCGAGGAAUCCCAUGUAGCAUACAACCGAGUGGGAUUGUCCUCAUUUUUCGAGCACCGCAAAAUUGAGGAUCUAUAUCUCAAUCCCACAGAAUGGUACAAUUCUUUCAAAGAACGAGCCUUCGAUCACCAUCUCAACACCCGCGUCACCGCAAUUGACCCAACCCUCAAAACCGUCCAAACCUCCACCGGCGACUCAAUCACCGGCGACUCAAUCGCCUACGAUAUCCUCGUACUCGCAACCGGCUCAGAUGCAACUCUCCCCAUCCAGACCUCCGGCUACAAUGCCCAGGGCGUCUUUGUGUAUCGCACAAUCUCAGACUUAGAACGUCUCAUCGACUUUGCAGCGAAGCAUAAAGGGAAAACCGCCGUGGCAGUCGGCGGUGGGCUACUGGGACUCGAAGCCGCGAAGGCCAUGACCGAUCUGGAGGAUUUCGGAAACGUCAAAUUGAUCGACAGGAACAAAUGGGUGCUGGCACGCCAACUGGAUGCCGAUGCGGGGACGCUAGUAACCCGCAAGAUCCGGGAGUUGGGACUCGAAGUCCUGCACCAGAAGCGGAUAAAGAAGGUCAAUACAGAUGACGAUAACAACGUUGUCGGUAUUACCUUUGAAGAUGGGGAGUCGAUUGAUUGUUGCUGUAUUUGCUUUGCGAUUGGAGUUCAGCCACGAGACGAAUUGGGCCACGAUAUUGGAAUCCAGUGCGGUGACCGUGGAGGCUUUGUGAUUGAUGAGAGUUUGCAAACUUCCAUUCCGGACAUCUAUGCCGUCGGUGAAUGCGCAAGCUGGAAGAACCAAACGUUCGGAAUCAUUGCCCCAGGUAUCGAAAUGGCUGAUGUACUAGCCUUCAAUCUCACCAACCCACAAAAGCCACGAAGGAGCUUCUCAAGGCCAGACCUCAGCACCAAGCUUAAGCUGCUUGGAGUCGACGUCGCCAGUUUUGGUGACUUCUUUGCCGAUAGAGACGGCCCCAAAUUCCUUCCUGGUCGUCGGCCUUCUACCGCGCCUGGCUUGGGAUAUAAUCCAGAAGAUGAACCCCCUGUCAAAGCAUUGACAUACAAAGAUCCCUUUGCCGGAGUAUACAAGAAGUACCUCUUCACCAUGGAUGGGAAGUACUUGCUUGGUGGUAUGAUGAUUGGUGAUACCAAUGAUUAUCUGAAACUCAAUCAGAUGGUGAAGCUCCAGAAAGAGCUCGAAGUACCCCCAGGCCAAUUUAUUCUUGGUGCUCAGAGUGGCGGGGAGGAGAAUGCGGAUGAUCUUGACGACAGCACCCAAAUUUGCUCCUGUCACAACGUGACCAAAGGCGACGUUGUCGAGAAUGUGAAAAAUGGCACUUGCAAAUCUAUUGCUGAAGUCAAGUCUUGCACAAAAGCCGGCACAGGAUGCGGUGGAUGCAUGCCUUUAGUGCAAUCCAUUUUCAAUAAGACAAUGCUGGACAUGGGACAAGAGGUCUCCAAUCAUCUUUGCUCGCACAUUCCCUACUCUCGCGCCGAUUUGUACAACAUCGUUGCCAUCAAACAGCUGAAGACCUUCACUGAAGUGAUGAAGGGCGCGGGCAAGAACCCAGAUUCCCUCGGUUGCGAGCUGUGCAAACCGGCAAUCGGAUCGAUAUUGUCUAGUCUUUUCAACCCACAUGUCAUGGACAAAGGCUACAACGACCUGCAAGACACAAAUGACAAGUUCCUGGCGAACAUCCAGCGAAACGGUACCUUUUCCGUGGUGCCGCGAAUCCCCGGUGGAGAAAUCACAGCCGAUAAGCUUAUUGCCAUCGGAUCUGUGGCGAAGAAGUAUGGCCUGUAUUGCAAGAUCACAGGUGCCCAGCGUAUCGAUAUGUUCGGCGCGAAAAAGCAAGAUCUUCUCAAUAUCUGGACUGAGCUUGUCGAUGCCGGCAUGGAGAGUGGACAUGCUUACGCAAAGGCGCUUCGAGCAAUCAAGAGUUGUGUUGGAACUACGUGGUGUCGCUUUGGUGUCGGAGACAGUGUUGGCAUGGCCAUCCGCCUGGAAGAGCGAUACAAGAGUAUUCGCGCCCCGCACAAGUUCAAAGGAGCGGUCUCUGGCUGCGUACGUGAAUGCGCAGAAGCACAGAACAAAGACUUUGGUCUGAUCGCCACAGAAAAAGGAUACAACAUCUUCGUUGGAGGCAACGGUGGUGCGAAGCCCAGACAUUCAGAGCUGCUUGUGACCGAUGUCCCGGCAGAGAUGGUCAUGCCCAUCAUCGACCGUUAUUUGAUCUUCUAUAUUCGCACCGCCGACAAGCUCCAACGAACAGCGCGAUGGAUCGAGAACCUCCCAGGUGGCAUUCACUACCUCAAAGAAGUGAUUGUGGACGACAAGCUAGGCAUUUGCGCUGACAUGGAGCGGCAAAUGCACGAGCUAGUCGACAGUUACUUCUGCGAGUGGACGGAAACAAUCAAAGAUCCUAAACGCCGCAAGGUAUUCCAACAAUUCGCCAACACUGAAGAAACUGUUGAGAACGUCGAAGUUGUACAAGAACGUUCCCAACAGCGCCCGACAUACUGGCCAAAAGAUUCAACAACACAAGAAGACUUCAAAGGCCAUCAAUGGUCCAGUGUCUCUUGGCAACCCGUUAUCAAAGCCGACCAUUUCUCCGAUGAACAACCACGGGUGUCAUCGGCGAAUGUCAAACGGGGCGAUACGCAGCUUGCUGUUUUCAAGAUCAAGGGCAAGUUCUACGCAACACAGCAGAUGUGUCCGCAUAAACGAGCGUUUGUUCUCUCUGAUGGUCUGGUUGGCGAUGAUGAUGCUGGGAAAUACUGGGUGUCUUGUCCUUACCAUAAGCGCAAUUUCGAGCUUAAUGGCGAGCAGGCAGGACGUUGUUCCAAUGAUGAAAGUAUGAACAUUGCCACAUUCCCUGUUGAAGAAAGGGAUGAUGGAUGGGUGUAUCUCAAGCUCCCGCCAGUCGAAGAGCUGGACUCUGUUCUAGGAACAGAGAAGUGGAAGGUGCGAAAGGGUGAGGCGGAGGAUCCUUUCCACAAAGUCGACAAGAAAUUUAAGGGCAUGAGGGGGAAGAAGGUCCUUGAUGGAUUUUUGACCAAGGUGCCAGCUGUGCAGCCGGCCAAAACAAUCGACUGGUAG